AUGGCAACACCCAAUAACCAGAACACUAAUACGGAGAAAUUUAACAAGAUGAUGAGAAGGUCGAGUGAUAGGCUGAGGGGAGGCUCAGUUCCACCUCCAGACUCGGAACCGGUUGUACCAAGUUCUAUUACUACAACUCAGAGGGGAAGAGGACGUGGUCGCGGUCGUCGUAACGGAAUGGCAUCUACGAGAAUUGACAAUCAGUCGUCGAACAAAACGGGAACGACACCAGUUGUUACACUCACUGUUCCUGGAUCGAAUAACCCAGCUCCCCCUCCUUUACCGACACCAGACGCUCAAGGUUCUGGACCUAAUUCAAACCAAUCCGUGGAUCAAAGUUCAAGUACGGAAGAUGCUAUUCAUCAAGAAAAGUCGGGUACAUCUGUUUUACACUCUGCAGGAUUACUCGCAAGAGACAAAGCGGUCAAUGCACAAAAUUCGCAAUCACCGACUCGCAGAAAUACGGUUACAGGAGUCGGCGAAAGUCCUCCAAAAGGCCUUCAUUCUUGGCUCCUGGCAAAUGGUUUGACCGUGGUCCAGAGUUCAAACAAAUCAGUUCCAUCCUUGCAUGGUGUAACCUCGGCCAUUACUCAAAGCCUUUCUGCGACGGUCUCAGGCCAACAAAAAUCAGUUGGGAAUUCUUCCUCCUCCUUACCGUCAGUUACGAACACAGUAACUAGCUCAGCAGCUCCUGCAAAGAAGAAGAUUUGGGAUUUAACAAAGGAUUCGGAUGAUGCUACGAAGGAGAUCUCCAAUGUACCUACUAAGAAGAAAGCUGAAGUUGGCGAAGCAGGUAUUCAAAACCAUGGUCUAGUUGCGUUAUUGAAAUACUGGGAUGAUAAGAUGAAGCCGGUAGAUGGAUAUGUCCCCUUAUCUAUCUUUAAUCUCGUUUGGUUACGUCAAGAUCUGGUUCGAGUAAAGCCCAAAAACAAAAACGACAAAGAUGACUCUUGUUAUGUUGGAUUGCCGGUGGUAGAUGAAUGGAAAAUGACCUUCGGAGAAUGGGUGACGGCCUUCGACCUUUUUGUAGCCUACUUACGUUAUUAUGAACAUGGAAGAUUGGCAGAUUUGUUUAUGAUUCACAAGGCAAACGUGUUAGCGAUCAAGUCGGAGCGUUUGUGCUGGCCAAUGGCGUUUAGAUAUGAUCAAGCAGUUAGGACGACUGUCAUGACUAUCAGAAAUGAAGAUGGUAAACUUGCUAAUCCAGCCAUUAGAGAUGAGACCUUCGAACGGAACGCUAGGAUGGACAGUGAAAGAAUGAAUGAUUUCCAACCAAGGUUCGGCAAUAUCAAUCCAUACGCUGAUUUCGAGUGUAAAUCAAACAUCAACCCUCUGACUGGCGAAGUGAUCCACCACAACACGACUCAAGGUGGAACUGUCAUGAACUCACACCUCAACCAAGUUAGCCAUCAUGGCAAGCCCAACGCUAGAUCCUGGGCCUUUGCGAAUCAAAACGUACCUUGCCCAAGUAACCCAACCUCCUUUACUAGUCAGCCGGUGUACAAAGGACCGGGAAGUUCAGGUUAUCAUCAUUAUGAUGAUCGAAGAGGUGGAGGUCGUAACGUAAGGGGAAGAGGUCGUGGUGGAGCAUGGGUUAAUAAUGCCGGAGGUGGUAGAGAAGAUCGUUAUGAUACUCAACGGGCCGAGGGUAAUGGAUCUUGGCGUAAGGAGGAUAGACGGGAGGAUCGAAGAGGUGGUGAUCGCGAAGUGACCGGCCCCAAGUAUGGUGGUGGAGGCAAGGCAAAAUAG